UCUGUGUCGGCGUACGACCAUUAGACUAAGUCUUAGAUCUAGAGUCUAGAGACUAAUAGCUCGACUAGUAAACCUCUAGGCUCGCAUGACAUUGACAGUUUCAAGAACCUCAACUAAACCCACUAGUAGUUUAGCACAUAAAAAAUGUAUAGGCCUAUUUCAACUUCAUUUAAAAUUUAAUAAGCCUAAAUUAAAUAAACGGUCUGCUAUUUGUUUUAAUAUUAAAUAAAUUAAGGUUAAGAGGCCUAAUGCCCUAACUGAGCUAAACUGCAGUCACUAUAAAGCUAUUAAAAAUAAAUAGGCCCUAAGCAGCAAAUAAACAUGAAGAGCUUAGGCCUAAUGCUGAAUUUCAAGAAAAUGAGAGGGUCACACAUGCUCAAUACGUGGCACUCCUACGUAAAAUGGAGGCUUCUACACACCAGUAGUCAAGCACUGACAACAAACGAGCAUGAAGUUAUGUCAAAGAUUCGGAAUAUCGGAAUCAUGGCACAUAUUGAUGCUGGUAAAACCACGACAACAGAAAGGAUGUUGUACUAUUCUGGAUAUUCAAAUCACCUUGGUGACGUUGAUCAUGGAGAUACUGUGAUGGACUAUAUGGAGCAAGAAAGAGACAGAGGAAUCACGAUAACCUCUGCUGCCAUCACUUUUAAUUGGAAAGGAAACAAAAUUAAUCUCAUUGAUACACCAGGUCAUGUUGAUUUUACUGUGGAGGUGGAGAGAUCUUUACGAGUUCUUGAUGGAGCAGUGGCUAUUUUAGAUGCCUCAGCUGGGGUGGAGGCGCAAACGCUAACAGUUUGGCGUCAGGCAGACAGGUACCAGAUCCCUCGGCUGGUGUACCUGAACAAGAUGGACAAGCCCAGGGCGUCUCUCAGUAUCUGCAUUGAUUCACUGAGGAACAAGCUCCACGUUGACCCCCUCCUGUUGAACUUACCCAUCGGCUCUGGGAAACAAUUUGUUGGUGUUUAUGAUUUGAUAAACAUGGAGUCGCUGACGUGGAAUGAUAGCAAGUCCCAUGAUGGCAGCUCGUUUGAGACGCAGAAGAUAAAAUUGGACGGUAGUAAUAAAGAUGAAGCAGCCAUUCUGAAAGCGAGGGCCGAUUUGAUAGGUAAACUGGCGGAUAUUGACGAGGCGGUGGCGGAUCUUGUUUUGUGUGACACUCAGCUUGACCAGAUCCCUACUCAAGUGCUGGUCAAUGCUGUUAAAACUGCGACGUUGAAUCGUAAAAUCAUCCCGAUCUUCUGCGGGAGCUCGUUGAAAAAUAAAGGUGUGCAGCCGUUACUAGACGCUAUCAACUAUUUUUUACCCAGCCCUAUGGAGGUGAAUUAUGGGUUUUCUAAAUACUAUGGCAGUCACUUGUGUGCGUUAGCUUUCAAAGUGAUUCACCAUAAACAGAGAGGACCUCUUACGUUUGUGAGAAUAUAUUCAGGGAUGUUGAAGUCUGGGGCUCAUGUGUUUAACAUCAACCGGGCCUUGACAGAGAAAACCACGAAGUUGCUGCAGGUUUAUGCUGAUGAAUACCAUGACUUGUCCACUGCUGUAGCUGGCAAUAUUGUGGCAGUAGCAGGGUUAAAACAGACAUACACAGGUGACACCAUCACAGCAAGCAACAAGACAGCUGAAGAGGCCGCCAGGGUGUACAUUCAUGAGAUGGGACAAAAUAAACCAGAAAGUAAAAUCAAGGACCUAAAAAAAGCUGAAUCCGCAGAAGAAGCAGAGGAAGAGGAUUCACUGACCAGUGACAUGGUGCCAAUCCUGGCUGGACUCUCAGUGCCUGACCCUGUGUUCUUCUGUUCUGUGGAACCCUCUUCUUUGUCCGUCCAGAAAAACUUGGACAUGGCGCUAGAACAGCUUCAGAAGGAAGACCCUAGUUUAAAAGUGGAAAUAAGCGCUGAGACUGGUCAAACAAUUUUAUCUGGCAUGGGUGAGCUCCACUUGGACAUUAUCAAAUCUCGGCUGGAGAAGGAAUAUGGGCUGGAUGUUGAUCUAGGGCCAUUACAAAUAGCAUACAGGGAGACUAUUCUAACUGAUGCAGAGGUAACUCAAGUUUUGGACAAGGAUUUGGGUGGGCGCCAUCAGUUUGCACACAUCAAAUUGUCGUUACACCCUGACGUUGAAAACCGUGAAUUCAAGCAUGUGAUCCUGGAGAAAUCUGUUGACCACCCUCUUAACAUUAAACACAAGGUUCUCAAGGCCAUUGAGCUGGGGGUCAGGUCAGGACUUUCUCAUGGCAGCCUCCUGAAGUUUCCCGUCAUCCACACCAGUGUCCACCUGCAUGAGUUCAACAGCCACUACCACACUACCCUCCCCAUGGUCACAGCCUGCGCUGCCAUGGCUGUCCAGAAGGCUCUCAAAUCUGCUGACUCGGUCCUUCUGGAGCCCAUGAUGGCUAUGGAGGUGACCACAGACAGUGAGAAACUGGACGUCGUCUUAUCAGACUUGGGACGCAGGCGCAGCCACAUCCUGAACGUGGAGACCAGACUGGACACUAAGGUUGUCACAGUCGUCACCCCACUGCAGGAGCUGUUGGGGUACUCUACGGCUCUCAGGAGUAUCACCUCUGGCACUGCCAGCUGCACUAUAGAGUUGUCGCACUACGAGAAGAUGAGCGAGGAGGAGGCGCAGAAAGUUACGGAGAGGAUGGUCGGAUUUCACCCAUCAACCAUGUGCUGAUGGUCGGGUUCCACCCAUCAACAAUGUGUUGAAGGUUUAACAGAAAGGUUGGAUUCAUGCUGCUACAAUGUGUUGAAGGUUUUAACAGUUUAUUGUUAUUUCUAGACCAUGGGUGAAAGCAAGGGUUCCCAGUCUAUGGGUCAUGACCCCCAGGGGACUGAAGGGUUUUCUAGGGGUUACCAACUUGUUGUCUAAACCAAAAAAAAAUGUUUUUUAAUGUAUGGGGAUAAAUUAUCAUCAAGGGUCACUUGCCUUUUAUUAUAGAGGUCAGCAUUCAAAGACAUGUAGGAACCUUUGAGCUUUAUGUUUAAGAGAAAGAGGGGUUACAAUUACUAUCUGUGCUGAAGGGUAUAAUUCUAAGUGAAUUCCAAGUUGUGUUACCUGGAGAUAAAGGAUUAUUUGUUACUGUAAAAUCCAUUAUAGAGUUAUUUCUUGUGAAUAAUGUAAAACAGUCUCUUCAGCUUAUUUGGCGAGUUUGUACGCAACAUAAGAAAAGUUAGUAUUCUUUUGUGAGUGUGUAGCUUCUGUAUGGUUGGGAUAUGCAAAUAUUUUGUUAUCCUAUUGUUAUAGUUUUUAUGUCAGCAUAUUUGGCAAGGUUGUAGACUGUAAGAAAAAUUAGCAAUCUUAUAUGCGUGUGUAGUUUCUGUAUGGUUGGAAUAUGCAAAUUUCAUGUUAUUCUAUUGUUAUAGGUUUUUUAAAAAUGGUUAGUAUGAUAACAAAUUUGUACAUAGUUUAUUUCAAAGAAUAAAAUUUAUUUUUCUUGUAAAA